AUGGAGUCGCAAUCAGCGUCAGAUCCAGGCUCUGUUUCCGUCGUACAAAGACACGCCUCACCAGACUUGGAAAUGGUCGCGGAGAGCGUGCACGAGUGUCUGUUCGUGCAGACAAGAACGUUGGAAGAGCACCUACAGAGUCUUCGAAUGCUCAAGAAAGUCAACCCAGAAUGGAGAGUCGACCCCUUCAACUUUUGCGUGGAUCUUAAGGAAGGCGGUCGAGAAGCGGUCGUAUGGCUCACGAGUCGGGGGACCAGUGGCGUGUGCGAGACUGCGGAUGAAGACGAGGGGAUUGGCAGAGGUAGGUGGGGAAGUGGAAGGGAGAGUGUCAGCAUUGUGUUUUGGAGGAAGGAGGCGAGAGAAAGCGAGGGCGGCAAGAGCAUCUGGAUCAUGUACAAGCAUGUUGGCAUUCGAGGACCUGGUGGAGGCUUGUUCCCGUGGUGUGGGAGUGAGGAGUUUGGAGGCGAGAACGGAGGUUUCUGUUCGCUUGGGCUGCCGGGCUGUGAGAUUAUGUGA